AUGGAAAAGAUCCGCUCACCAUCACUGAUUGAGGACCUCCUUCCAGAAGAUGAGCUUAAUCACGAAGUUUUCUUUUUUGAACCAUUCAAAAGUCAAACUAUCAAUGAAGCUCUACAAUUUUUAUCCUCAACAUGUAAAGAUGUUCACAAGAAAGAAAUCUUCCAGUACAAUAUGACAGAGUUGUUUAAGAAGUCAUACGAAGCGUUAGGAUCGUCUCCGAAUCGGACGCCAAAGUUAAAUUAUGCUUUGUUAGAAAGAAUCACGCUGGAAAUUUUUAAUGACACCGAAAAGCGGUCUUAUUCAAGCCUGAAGACUAGAUUUACUGAAAUUAGCAUCACUGAUAAAUUCAGAAAAAAUAAUGUGAGAUGGUCGGAGGAGGACAGUCAGAAUUUGCCAGACAUCAAAUAUGUGGAGAGAUGGUUCAAGGAAUAUCCGCACAUGGCUGAGAGGGAGUUGAUAGAAAUGAUGCCAGCAAAAUGUUAUGUGUUGAUACAUAUUGCCAGUCAUGUGUUAAAAGAGAAUGAGCUUAAACAAAUUUUGGAAACUGUUUCGAGCUCACCAAUAAGUUUCUCAACAACCUCGAAAACAAUAAGGCACAUAUUUCUGCACUAUGAGAUUCUACUACUUCGUUUAUUAAAAACCACAAUCUCUUCAAAGUCCAACUAUCAUCAUCGGUUAGUGUUAGAUGAAUGUAAAGUUGGCUUCGGUAUGUUGAUUGACGAUUUCAACAAUGGUUUCAACAACUUGGAAAAGAGUGAUGUUAGGAAAGAAUGUGUACAUUCUGCGGAGCUUCUUUUACAAUGUUACUGGAUGCUGUUGUCAAAGUUGGCGUUGGAGGAUGAUAAAAUUGACUGGAGUAUAUUCAAACCAUUAUUAAGAAUUCAAUCAAGUAGAAUUAUCAGUUUCAUGAUCCAAUUUUGGUGUAAAUAUCCAACAAACGUCACCGGACUUCACAAUCGAAAGUUUUACCACGAAAUGAUAAUUCAAUUUCUUUUGUCUACUACAGCUAGUAUGGAUAGUGAACUAGUGAACAAUAUGCUGAGGCAACAAAGAAUGGCGCAAAAUGGGUUAACUUCCAAGACUUUUGCAUUGCAUCGUUUUAUAGGGAAUGACUCAAAAGAUGUGACCAAGCUGAUCCUAAAAUAUUCCGAUUUUCACAAUUUCCCUUCAUCCACUAGAAUCUUUGAUUAUUCUGAAAAAUCUACCACUGAUGAACUAAUUCCUUUGCUAUCCGUGGAGCAAUUUGAGUCUAUGUGGGAUGAUAUUACUGCCUGUGCUCAGACAAAGAAUAUCAACGUAACGGACCGAAUAAUGUUAAGAGCAGUAAUUGCAGACAUGGAACAUUCUGUUAUGUCAAGGCUGAAAAGGUUGACUUAUUUGUCGAAGCAACAUUUGGUGGAUCACCCGUGUUAUGCGUUUUAUUCAGCAUUAGCAGAAAUAAUUCAAAAACGAAACAACCGAAAUAUUUUCUCUAAAGAGAUGUGUAAUGAAGGACUGAAACUUGUGUCGUUCCUACAAUCUCAGACUUUCAAUCGCUUCGUGAAUCUUUCACCACAUGAAGCUGAGGCUUGUUUCAAACAAACUUUGGAACUUUUGAUUGACAAUCCUGAGCUCAAAAAUUCAACAAUGCCAUACGAAAUUCUAAGUGCAUGUUUCCAAAAUGCUUGCCUUCAAAGAAACUUGGAACUCAGAAAUUAUAUGGCUGAGAAAAUUGUUUUUGUAUUUCAAAAACUUAACAACUAUCACGCGUUAAAUCAUUUUUUAAUGUUGAUUGCAAAAGUUCUGAGGUCUCAGUCUUCAGAAGAUUUAUUGAGAAAAUGUUAUCAUAAAAAAGAUGUUUUGAUUGGUGGAAUUAAAAGCCUAUUGGAUAGUAUUGAGUGUCAAAUGAUCGACUAUACAUAUCAUGAGCUGGACAUGCUUGAUUCCCAUUUUCAAACAGAUUGGAAUAAUUUGAAUUGCAUUCAAGACCAUUUUAUUCAAUGUCACUUGACUUGCCUAUCAAUCCUAACAUUUUGUGACCAAAUGCAUGCCUAUGCUCCUUCGAAAAUGUGGUUCGAAUCCGUAAGCCGAAUACUGGAAAACAACACAACGUCUGGAGAAGGCGAGAAGAAUACAAAAAUGUAUUUGAAUCUUUUAUAUAAACAAGUUUUGACAAAUUCGACUAACUUUCCGUUGCCUAAUGGAGAACUUUUGGAAACAAUCCGGGAUAAGACACCACUACUUUUUCUGCUUUCAAUUAAAGAACAAAAAAGAGAUGCUCUCGUAGCAAACUUUGGCAAGAAGGAUAUUCAGGGCCUUCUUGACCAAAACACUGCAGUUCUUCAAUGGUCAGAUUCUAUAAUAUCCUUCUACUUGGUUGAACGUCUGAAUAAUAUCACAGAAUCCGGUUGGUUAAUGGCACAUCUUGCAAACAGAGUUUUGAAAAACUACAACUCAAGUCAAGUACAACAUGAUUACACGUUAUACCUACGCAGUCUUUUAAGUUUGUCCUGGACUUAUCCAGUUCAACAUGAAGAUAUGGAGUACAUAACACACGUGGCUGAAAGUCCUAAAUUAAACAUAAAUGUUUACUUUCAAUUCAAAAUGAGAAAAACUGGCGAAGAAUCUGAAAUGGUGUCAAUAACAAUUGGUAAUCUCGUUCUCGACAUGAACUGUUUUUGUGAAGCAAACAGGCUAAUUUGUUUAUAUACAACUAACAAUGGAGAUAAAGUCAUUAGUUACUUGGAACCAACCUAUAGAGUUCAUAAAUUCAUGAUGCAAGUAAGUCAAAAUGGAGAAGAAAUAUCUAUUUACACUUCCCGGAAAACGCACCGACUUGUAAAUCGGAGAAAUUCGCAUUCAAUUGAUGAAAUUAAGAUUUCGAUUAAUUCUCUACAUCAUACAAUUCCAAUUGUAUUUCAAGGUGAUCGUCAAUCUUUGUAUGAUGUUCAUGAAUUGGGAAUCAGUUCUAAAAAUCUCGAGAAAACACGAAAGUUUGUAUUAUCCACAAAAGGGCGAAAACUCAACAUUGGCCAAAUGUUCCAUUCAGUAAUCCCCAUUCGCCAUAAUCAACAGUUGUCCGUUAAAAGUGAAGAAGCAGGAUUUACGAGUACAGUUGAACAAUUGAGAGCUGCAGGGGGAUUUGGAUUCAUAUUCCAUAACUUUACAAAACUGUUACUUGAAAAAAAUGCGGAUUGUCCAGUAGGAACAGUCACACAUUGGAACUUGAUUUUAGCAUAUCUAAACUCGCCAUGUCUAAAAAGGGAAAAAUUCUCGACAUCAGAAGCACAUCAAAUGGUAUCACUACUAUUCCGCCACACAAAAGUAAAAGUUCCAGAAAGUAUUGUAAAGAAAUUGUUUGAUAAAUGUAUGAUAACAAACCAUGAAAUCAAAGAAGCAUCCCUGCUUACUGAAUUGCUCUCAGAGUCUUCCCUAUGGGAAAAAGAUCUCACAAUGUUCUAUCGAUUGCUCAUUAGAUUUAAAUCAUCAAACCCGGGUCCGAACUUGGAUAAAUUCUUGCCGCUUAUAUUACAGAUUGUCGCAAAAAUAAUCAGAAACGACAAAGGAAGUGAUGAAGUCCACGACAUCGUUACUAUAACAGUUGAAAUUUUCAAAGAAUGGUGUCGAGAGCCUCAUGCAGUACGAACUGCUCAACUGGUCACAUUUAUGAUGGAUAUGUUUGAUUUUGAGAAAAUUUAUCCGUUAGGUGAAAAUUUCCGCUGGGUUGAAGAAUAUGCUUUGGAAAGAGAACUGUCUCGGCAGCCGAUUUUACGCUUAAAUGGGGAUGACUCUGAAGAAGAAGAGGAAGUGACUAGAAGACGCAUCAAUCGAGAAUUGCUCCAGUGGGAUCUUCCACUUGGGAAUGUUGAAGAUGAUGAGCUUUUCCGAGUUUUAACACCAAUUGAACAACCAACCGAACGGAUGCUCAGGAUGAUGACCAAGAAUCGAAAUUAUAUGAUGAAAGGUCUCCUGCAAAUUAUCCACCAAGCUUACGUAUUAUGCCCAGACACCCAGUACGCAAAUUUUGAUUCAAUUACUGCAGAGAAAAUAUGCUACUUAAUUGAAGUUAACAAUAACGGAAAAGUUGUUGGCGCCCUCAUAGAGAUGUAUGAAGCUAUUAUUAACCAUAACAUUUACUCGGACAAGAUAACAAAAAUCGUCCAAUUAAAUCUACUUCCAAUUCUGGCACGCCAGCUUCAUUCAAAACCUUUGACUAUGCAAUCGGUCAACGCACUUUUUUCUAUUUUGCUCCGAGAGCAAGUUGAUGUUUCCGCUGGUCUUGAUAAUGCACAUCUAGAAACAUUCACUCCAAAUACGGUGUCCUGUCAUGCGGUAUAUCCACUUUUAUCAAUAUUUGAAGAAUCAGCGGAUGAUGUGGAGAUUUCCGUGUUUACAGUAGUUUGCACAUCUCUGAACAAAGUGUACACUUUUAACAAUCAGCUUACUCAAGCAAUGACCGCAGCUGGUAUUGACGAACAUAUGGUUGCAAUUUUGGCCAAACUUUCGAAGCUUGGAGAUUUCAGAAUUCGAAACGAAAAACUGAAAGCUCUUUUGGAUCCUUGGUUUGCAUUUGCCAUUAGCAUCAUUCGGAUUGGUGUUAAUGGAAGGCAAUCUGUAUUUGAAGGAGCCUCUCGACUCAUCUCUCACAUUUUACUCUUAUACACACAAGAAAAUGGAAAACUAUUGGAUCAACCUGAAAAUGAGUCUCAACGGCUUAUUCGAGACAAUGUUUAUUGGGCACUGUGUGUAUUACUACUUCAAUUGUUCAAGUUUCUUCUUGACAUUGCUUUGGCUGAUUCGAACAAGCACAGGUCAGCAAGUAACUCAUCUCUACACAUGCUUGGAUAUGACGAGGAACCCGAGGAGAUUGAUGCGGCUCCAGUAAAACCUACAAAAUUCUGGGAUGGCUUUGCGCAAAAAGUCAAGGAAAGUGUUAUGGGACCGAACAAUAACAUCUUGAAGUGCCCCUAUAAAAAGCAUAAAGAAUCCCCAUUAACUGCAGAGGAAAUGCGCCACCGUAUCAAAGAUGUGUUGUCGUUGUGCCAAUAUUUUUUCAAGAUUACAAACCGGGUCGAUUGUGACGAGGAGGAUAGUCUGUAUAGAAUAUUCUUUGAAGAACUUUCCAAGUGGACAUUGGAUGAAGCGUGGCCAAACUGUAUUUGGGUAGCAGCAGAUAUGAUGUUUGUAUCAAAUGUAUUUGCAAAUUGCGUCACUUUUGUUCUUACGGAUAUACAUCAAUACAUUACUCCUUAUAAUAAAGUAUUCAGUAGGCAGAAAUCAUCCAGAAUGGAAGUUCUUUUACACAAAAUCAUUCGUUCAUAUACUAAAAUUGCUACAGUGUUUGGAAAUGUUAUGGAUAUUGAUCAGAUGAUAAGAUUGGCCAUGGAAAACAUUACCCAAAGGGAAGAUAACAACUCGAAUCUGUUUAAGCUUGCGGUUUUAUUUCUUAAUUGUCCAAAUGGAAAUCGAUCACGAGGAAAACUUGACGACUAUCCGCAGCCUCGAACACCAGAUCUGAUUCAAAAAAUUACAGUUGAAAGUGAAAUUGCUUCAAGAUACUGGUUGGACCAAAGAAACGAAGUGAUUUCCAAAAUUAACUUGAAAGGAAGAACUCCUCAACCAUACUGUGACGUGUCAGAAAUCAAUUUUUCACUGGAGAAAUUGCAAAAAUCUUUAGCGGCUCCGAGAAAUAUGAAACGGAUCAAUGAAAUUUGUGAUCUCAUGGGAAAGAUUGAAGAAAAUGAGCGUGUAUUUUCUCGAUUGGCAGCUGUUAAAAAUAACUAUCACCCAAGAAAAAUCACUUCAACAUUGGGACCAAGAGGAGAACGAAUGGUUACUGAUCUGACGGAUGUUCGAACAAAAGACAUGUUUGUGAUGCACGAACACACUAAGAAAAUUAGUAUUUUCUCCGAGAUGUUUGAUGCACUCAACUUCUCACUUAUACGGAAACCAAGUAUAUUUGCAACACUGCGAAACGCUUGCUUACAUGGAAUACUUAUAAUGAAUGGAAUUCAAACCAAUCCAGUUUUCCACGUUCAUCGUACUGGAAUUACAGCUUUGCCACAUGGCUCACACAUUGUUGAGAAAACGUUUUUAUUCGAAAAUAUGUCAAUGAUCUUUCGUAGACCGAUGCGACCUUGGGAUGCUUUAGAAGUUUCGUUUGAAAUUUUGAUGAGCAAUCACGAAACUUUACUCAUUUUUUCACAACAGAGAUUUUCCAAACUUGUCAGCCAAUACGCUACAAAACUUAUUGCCACCGAACAUCAACUUCUGGCUUACACCAAACGUUGGGAGGAAGGAAAAAUGUCUAACUUUGAGUAUUUAACUAUGCUAAAUCUUUUUGCCGGUCGCACAAUUCACGACAGUAGUAGCUCUCCAAUUUUCCCGAGGAUUCUAGCCAAAUUUGGUGACAAAUCAGUUGAUCUUCAAGAUAAGACAAUAUACAGAAAACUAGACAGACCUGUGGCUGCUCAAGAUCCUGUUUCAGUUGAGAAACACAAAGAGCACUAUAAUGAGUUGAAGGAAAAUGAAGAAAUCAGCCAUCUUACGCCAUAUCACUUUGGUUCGAUGUGCUCCAAUCGUGGUGUUGUUUCCUUUUUCAAUAUCCGAUUGUUACCAUUUGGAGAAGAGGCCAUUGAACUUCAGGAUGGGCGAUUUGAUUUUCCAGACCGUCUUUUUCAUAAUAUAGAGUCUGGACUGGGCUUAGGAAAAAUUGAAUCAAGCAAUGACUAUAAGGAACUUGUUCCUGAGUUGUUCACAACAGUGGAAGUAUUGAGAAAUGACAAUGGAAAUCAGUUCGGCGAAAAGCAAAAUGGUGAAACUGUGAAUGAUGUAGAUGUUCCACAGUGGUGUUAUAUGGAUGAGAAAGCUGUACAUGAAAAUUUCAUAUACUUACAUAGACACGCUUUAGAAUCCGAAAUUGUUCAGUCAAUGCUUCAUCAUUGGAUAGACCUAGUGUUUGGUUACAAGUCACGAGGCAAAUCAGCACAUGAUGCCAUUAACGUAUAUCACCCAGCCGUCUAUCCUGGGAAUUCUCCACCACCGAGUUUCGACAGAGUCAUGACGAAUGCAUAUGAAGCAAAUCAAAAAACCCUUGGUACGGCACCCAUUCAACUAUUCACGCAAUCUCAUCCAAAACGAGAAGUGCUCCAGCACCGUCGUAGCUCAGUUCGCAACAUGCACGGUCUUGCGUUUGGUAAAGAGCUAACCAUUGGGCAAUAUGAUGUUGGGGAGUACACAAUGGAUACACAAACAACACAAAGAGUGUGGAGAAGAAUGAAAAACUUGAAAUCAAAAAUUUUCAACAAAGCAAACGCAAGUGACCAGGAAAAUUUCCACUUGUUCCAGAAAAACCGAGAUAAACGAGAAAAGGAUCCUUCAGAUAUCAGUUUUAAAAUAAAAGAAGAUCAAUUAAUUUUGUCAGACGGAAAUUCUGAAAUAAGUAAAGGACAUGCUCAGAAGAUUGAGGCAGUAAGCGUGGAUGACAAUUAUGUUGCAUGUAUGCUUCUGCGUGGCCCCAUCGAGAUCUACAAAAUGGCCUAUAGGCAGUAUUCUAAAUCUAGAAUAGCUGUUGACAGAGUUCUUCGCAGUGAUAACAAAGAAUUGGUAAUAGAAUAUUGUGGUACACUUCCAGUUCAAGAAGGACAUUAUACUGACGUUGAAGUUUGUACAUCUUUCUCAACUAUUUUCACUAUUCAUAAAAAUGAGAACAAAUCAAUCAUAUCAGUUUGGAAUCUUCACACUCACCACAUUCGCGGGUGCUGCACUAUUGAAGGAGUUGUCGAGUCGUGUGGAGUGUUAAAAAAUCUUGGAGAACUGAUUGUGACAGAGAAAUGGAACGGAAAUCAGAUACGGUUUAUAAAAGGAUGGAGAAUUAAGAAAAGAGAGACCAAGAAGAAUAAGUACGUUGGGAAAUUUGCUAGAGAACAUUCAGAGCAAAUUAUGGCAAAGAUCAGUAUUAAUGCAAAACCUUUCAUUUCAAAAUAUAUCGGGAAGAAUCAAUUUGUGCACAGUGGUGUCAUUUCAAUGCCGCCAGAGCCUGGAAUGGGAAUUCAAACACUGGCAAUGAUACGGAGUGAUCAUGCAAUUGUUUUAUUCGAGACGAUGAAUUUAACUGAAAUGCGAGUGCUGGAAGUUGAAAAUAGAAUGGAUUACAGCCUGAGAGAACUUCGUUUCCAAGAAGACAACUCUCUUAUUGCAAUUUUCAAAGAAACUCGAUCUCUGCAAAAAAGAAACAAAGAGCUCUACAAGAAUCUUGGAUGUACACCACCAACCAAAACGUGGAGAUUCAAAAUAAGAACUUGAAAAAAAACUAAGUUUUACGCUUUUACGCUUUUAGCUUUACUGUGUUUAGUUCUAUUUAUUCUCUGUAAAUUUGAACGAUACGUGUACAAUACGUUUUUGUUCUUUCUGAAACUAAUAUUUCAGAAAAUUGGCAUUUAAUUUUGUAGUUUCUACAAAUAAUGUCAGCAAUUCUGUAAAAUCUGUUGUAUCAAUAAAUAGAGCUUUUGU